AUGGUGGACGCUCCGAAGGAUCUCGUCAAGGAGAUCAAGGACCUUGAGGAGAUGUUCACUGUAGAUACCGCCAAGCUCAAGCAAAUCACCAAUCACUUUGUCGGCGAGCUUGAGCGGGGGUUGAGUGUAGAAGGCGGGGACAUUCCUAUGAACCCUACGUGGGUCAUGUCCUUCCCGGACGGCUACGAGACCGGGACAUUUCUGGCCCUUGACAUGGGUGGUACAAACCUGAGGGUCUGCGAAAUCACGCUCACUGACCAGAAGUCGGAGUUUGACAUUAUCCAAUCCAAAUACCGGAUGCCCGAAGAGCUCAAGACCGGCCAGUCCGAUGAGCUUUGGGACUAUAUCGCCGACUGCCUGCUCCAGUUCAUUGAGACUCACCAUGGAGACCCAAAGAAGAUUGAGAAGCUGCCUUUGGGCUUCACCUUCUCUUACCCUGCAACUCAGAACUACGUCGAUGAGGGCAUCCUGCAGCGAUGGACUAAAGGCUUCGAUAUCGCCGGCGUCGAAGGAAAGAAUGUCGCGCCAAUGCUGAUGAAGGCACUGUCUGAGAGGGACCGCAACCAGGGCGUGCCCGUCAAACUCGUGGCUCUGAUCAACGACACCACUGGCACCCUCAUUGCCUCGGCUUAUACGGACACCCAAAUGCGCAUUGGCUGCAUCUUUGGCACUGGUUGCAAUGCUGCUUACAUGGAGGAAUGUGGUUCUAUUCCCAAGCUGGCGCAUAUGAACCUGCCCCCAGAGACGCCCAUGGCUAUCAAUUGUGAAUGGGGUGCUUUCGACAACCAGCACAAGGUUCUUCCGAGGACCCCCUACGACGUGAAAAUCGACGAGGACUCUCCCCGGCCUGGACAACAGGCGUUCGAGAAGAUGAUCGCCGGAUUAUACCUGGGAGAGAUUUUCCGUCUUAUUCUGGUUGACUUGCAUGACAACCAUGAGGUCCGCAUCUUCAAGAACCAGGACAUCUCCAAGUUGCGACGCGCCUACACCCUCGACUCGUCGUUCCUUUCAGCUAUCGAGGACGACCCCUGGGAGAACCUGUCCGAGACCUUGGACCUGUUCCAGGACAAGCUCAACUUGGUUCCUAACCGGAACGAGCUCGAACUCAUCCGACGCACUGCGGAGCUGAUCGGCACUCGAGCUGCCAGACUUUCAGCAUGCGGUGUGGCCGCAAUCUGCAAGAAGAAGAACUACCGCUCUUGCCAUGUGGGCGCCGAUGGAUCUGUCUUCAACAAGUAUCCCAACUUCAAGCAGCGGGGUGCCCAGGCCCUCAGGGAGAUCCUCGACUGGCCUGCAAAGGAGGAUCCCAAGGAGGAGGAUCCUAUUGAGAUUCUUGCGGCUGAGGAUGGCAGUGGUGUAGGUGCCGCGCUCAUUGCUGCGUUGACGCUAAAGAGGGCCAAAGAGGGUAAUUUCCACGGCAUCAGCAACCCAGAGAACUUUAAGUGA